UGAAGUUGGUAUUAAAUGUUUUUCUUGCAGAAAAUAAAUUGUUGAGGUUUGAGGGUGUUAUUUAUUAGGGUCUGACAUUGAAGACAAAGCAAGCUGAACAUGCAGAGGGCAGUAAAGAACAAACAGGAGUUGUAGCUUCUGUUUCUGGUGGUGAUUCUUACUUGGAAUAUUUGUUUUGGAGAAUGAGGAGCAUGGCAGUUGGUCUUACCAUGUUAUCAGAUUAGCAAACCUCAGGGGUUGGACUGUUUUAAGUCAAUGUGUUUACUGUUUGUGCAGGUGAUCAUGCCCAGUGUUGAGGAAGAUUGCUUCUGGCUAAGUUUUUGGACCUUUAAGGCAAAAAAAUCUUGGGAAAAGAAGAAAUAAGAUGGGGAAGGAAAAAAAGAGAAGCAGUGAGAAAAUUAGGUUUUAAGUUACUUCUUUUUUUUUUUUUUUUUAAGGGACUUUACUAGCAGGCUUGAUAAUAGCUUAUGGGUUCGUUGGUAUUGUUCCCAUCACGUAGAUGACAGAAACGCAAAGCUGUGGUAGGGGGUCUUGGCAUACCAGGAAAUAGCAGAUGGAGCAGUAGUAACUGUAAUAAUAAACCUUUUUCUUUGUGGACAUUGCAAAAGUGAAUAAAGGCAUCAAAGUAAGGAUGCCCAGAGCUGUUGCAGCUAUGCAUGAGGAAAGUACAGAUGUAACAAACGGAUUUGGCAGAGUCAGAAGUGGUACUCAGAAUGAAGCUGCCUUACUGGCUCUGAUGGAGAAGACUGGAUACAGCAUGGUUCAAGAAAAUGGGCAAAGAAAAUUUGGUGGUCCACCACCAGGUUGGGAAGGUCCUCCUCCACCUCGUGGAUGUGAAGUUUUUGUGGGUAAGAUUCCUCGUGAUAUGUAUGAAGAUGAAUUAGUUCCUGUUUUUGAGAGAGCUGGGAAGAUCUAUGAGUUCAGACUGAUGAUGGAAUUCAGUGGCGAGAAUCGAGGCUAUGCCUUUGUGAUGUACACUACUAAAGAAGAGGCCCAACUAGCCAUCAGGAUUCUUAAUAAUUAUGAAAUUCGUCCAGGGAAAUUUAUUGGUGUCUGCGUAAGCUUGGACAACUGCAGACUAUUUAUUGGAGCAAUUCCAAAAGAAAAGAAGAAGGAAGAAAUACUGGAUGAAAUGAAAAAAGUUACAGAAGGAGUGGUGGAUGUCAUUGUUUAUCCAAAUGCCACUGAUAAAACUAAAAAUCGUGGCUUUGCUUUUGUUGAAUAUGAAUCUCACAGAGCAGCCGCAAUGGCUAGAAGGCGGCUAAUCCCAGGAACGUUCCAACUCUGGGGUCAUACUAUUCAAGUAGACUGGGCAGACCCAGAGAAAGAAGUUGAUGAAGAAACAAUGCAGAGAGUUAAAGUGUUGUAUGUAAGAAAUUUAAUGAUAUCUACUACAGAAGACACAAUUAAAGCCGAAUUCAACAAGUUCAAGCCAGGAGUAGUUGAACGUGUAAAGAAGCUGAGAGACUAUGCUUUUGUUCAUUUUUUCAACAGAGAGGAUGCAGUUGCUGCUAUGUCUGUAAUGAAUGGAAAGUGCAUUGAUGGAGCUAGUAUUGAGGUAACACUGGCAAAGCCAGUUAACAAAGAAAGUACUUGGAGGCAACAUCUUAAUGGUCAGAUUAGUCCCAGUUCUGAAAAUCUCUUAGGGUUUUCUAAUAAAGAAGAUGGUCAUCAAAAAUCCUUAGGAAAAGCAGCAAGUUUUUCAGUUCGUCUCAAUGGCCAGCACAGUCCAAACCCCCCCGAAAUUGAAAGGUGUACGUACCCAUUUUUUCCAGGAACAAAACUUACUCCAAUUAGCAUGUAUUCUUUAAAAUCCAGUCACUUCAGUUCUGCAGUAAUGCAUCUGGAUUAUUAUUGCAAUAAAAAUAACUGGGCACCACCAGAAUACUACUUGUAUUCAGCCACAAGUCAGGAUGGGAAAAUACUCUUAGUGUACAAGAUAGUUAUUCCUAGUAUUGCGAAUGGUUCCCAGAGUUAUUUCAUGCCAGACAAACUCUGUACAACAUUAGAAGAUGCAAAGGAGUUGGCAGCACAGUUUACACUUCUACAUCUAGCCAACUGUACGCCCUAUUUGGCUUGAAUUGUCCUGAAGAGCGUUGCCCUGAAGAGCAUAGUUGAGCAGUUGGAGAGUUUGGAACUUGUUACUUUGGAUCUUGCCAUAAAAGGAAGUAGAACACCACAAUGACACACAAUUACUGGAAAUACAACUUACAUGUUUAUUGGCUAAUAAUUUCGCAAAGAGCAUGUGUAUUUUAAGCUUUUCGCUUUAAAGAUUAGUGAAAUUAAAUGUUAAAUUUAGUUAAUGUUCGAUUAAAUUUGUUUUGAAGAUAUAAUUUGUUUAAAAAUAUUUUAUUACCUAUAGUAGUUUAUAAACAGUAGCUUAUCUUUAGCGUUGAAAUAAUUUACUCCAAUUCCUACCCUUGUACUUUGAGUCUUGGGCAGAAUUUUUUCGUUCAUAUUGUAAGUGAUAAAUCUUAAGCAGACCUUUAAAAAAAUCCCCACUGGCUACUCUGCCUUUUCAGAUUUGCUUCUGUAACUUAAAACAAAAUUUUACAGGAAGACCGUAUUCAAUAAAGUCUUUGCUUCUGGUAUAGCAUUACAUCUACAAAGGACUGGUAGGUUGAAGGGCUUUAUAUCAACAUACCAACAGGCUAUGCCAGAAGCAUUACUGUAGUCUUUGGGGUUUACUGCAUUAGGUAAUUCUUGGAGACAGAAAUGGACAAAAAAAAAUCUGAAUGCCUAUGAAUUCCUUGUACCUUUACGAACAGCAAGGAAAUGCAACUUACUGAGCUGUCAGCACCUCCCUGCUGCAGCACACGGGCGCUCCCUGCCUUGCAGGCCGCGUUGUCCCUCGGCACCAGCAGUUCCACUUGCCUGCAGUGGCCAUGUUGAACAGCAGCUUGCUCACUCUCCAAUCAGGCCAUAUUCUUCUGAAAAAAACCAUCAUUUAAUGGAAAAACUAUUUUCAGUUUCAAGUUUAAAGUUUGUAAAUCGGGUAUGUGUAAUUCAUUCUGAGUAAGCUAUCUUUAUUUCUGUAGCUUGACUGUUUAGCACUUCUCAGUAAAAUGCUUUAUUUAUUGAAUGACAGAAAAUAAAGGUCAGUAUUUUUUUUCCUGAGAUGAAUACAGUGGACCAACCUCCUUUUUUAAAAUUGGUUUAUAGUUUCCAUUUCUGGCCAAAGUAUGGGCCAAGUGGCGUAUGUUAAGAGUCUAAUGGCCUGACCUAUGCAAGUGUUGGUUGUAAGCUGUUUUGUCUGAAGAGCGUUUGUCAAAAGGGAAUAUUAUGUAGCCAGAAAACAAUGCAAUGGAGAGAUUUCUUUCAGGUUGAAUAAUUUUACUUAAAGCAGUCAACUACUGUGGUCCUUUACAUACUUUAGUUAAACAUGUUACACCAGUGUAUUCUUUUAUGUUAAUUUAGGUGAAGGUAGUUAAACUUAAUUUGUAUUUGAUAUUAGAUACCUACUAACUGUUUAAGCGUUGUAAUUUCUAAUGUUGAAAUCAUGUGUUUGACUUCUGUACUUGAAUUUGAACAUUGAUAUUAAAUUUCUGCUGUUAGUA